ACCUUUACCCUCAAUAUCUUAAGUGAUGAGGAACUCUCUCACCAAGUUUAGUAAUUGUCUCUGCUCGCAACUUGGACUCCCUCAACUUUCUCAUACUCGUAAAGGAUUCGGAUAUCUUGAUCUUGAGCUUAAACAAGCUCAGAUGUCUUAUUCUUGCAUCUGAUGCAUUUUAUAUGAGCAUUGUUCUUCAUGGAAGUAUGUAAGUGUGAAGACAUGAUAGGAAAAUCAUGCUUUUCCAUUUCUUACGUUCUUCUAAGUCUGCAUGCAUGCUUUCUUCAUGACAAAUCUUCAACCGCCAUCUUGUGCGACUUGAUUUUCUCAUCUUCAAAAUAAGCUGCUCCAACUUUGGCACUUUGCUAUCCAUAUUGCAACUAGCCUAUUUGCAUGCAAGUCAUGAUCGAUUCAAUGGGUCACUAAGGCUACAGCUAGAAAAUAAUGGUUUUCUCAUAUAUGGUGAAUUACCAAGCCAGCUCAUGGAUUUCCUCCUCCACUUGCUACAGGAUGGUGACAAACUGACAAUUGUAGGUUUUCUAUUAUAGGCAGAUGCCAAAUUUGCAAGUCUACACAUGUUUUCUUAUAGCAUUAAAGUUUUGACUUCUAUAUUCUAUGAAAGUCCUUAUUUUAUGUAGUAAUGUGAUCUGAGCAGUGGUAAGCUCCUGCCAAAAGUCAAUUUAUCAGAUGCAUCUCUGAAGAACAGAAUUUUCUCGAUUUAUUAGCUUCAAUUUAAUUAUUGUAUAGUCACAUUAUCAAAGAGUCAUCAGCAAGGUAUUUUAGACUUCAGAUUGAAUCAGACAUGAUUUGAGCCCAGAAUAACGGCUUUUAGAUGAGUCAUUGUCAUCAUGUCAUAUUCCGCAUGCAUUAUUGGAAAAGUUCAAAAUAGAAGUCUUGUCCAGAAGAUCAACUUAACGCGGCUGAUUUUACUGCCCACCAGCUCAAGUAUAAAAAUGGAGAAAAAAAAGAAGAAAAGAUGCCACUGGUUCAUUACUACACAACUGAAUAUGCAGAUCGACAGAAUGUUUAUGAAAACUCUGCAUCUAUUUCUUCUCUUUCAGUUGUGCACUUCCAGGGACACCAUGAGAGGGAAAGAACAGUUGAAGGAUGCUGAUGGAGACUAUUUAGUGUCCAAAGAAAGCAAGUUUGAGUUAGGUUUCUUCAGCCCCGGAAAUUCCAGCCACCGGUAUGUUGGAAUUUGGUAUUCUCCGAGUAUAGUAUCAGAAAAAACAGUGGUGUGGGUUGCAAACAGGAACAACCCCAUCAAUGAUACCUCCGGUGUGCUCACAAUCAACAGGUAUGGAGAACUAGUCCUUUAUGCACAUAGCAUGCAGGGCAUUCCUAUUUGGUCCACUAAUAAGUCGCCGUUGGUCCAAAACAUUAACACUAGCACUUUAUCUGCACAGCUUUUGGAUACAGGAAAUUUAGUUGUGUUCCAGGAUGAUGAUAAUGCUAUCUUUUCUUGGCAAAGUUUUGAUUACCCUACAGAUACACUGAUUCCAGGUAUGAAACUUGGGGUGAACUGGAAAAUUGGGUUAGAAUGGGUUAUAACAUCUUGGAAGUCACAAGAUAACCCUGCAACUGGGGACUAUACACAUCGGCUUGAUUGGAAGCAGACUGCCAGCCCAGAGUUUUCUACAUAUAAAGGUUCAAGUAAGUAUUGGCGAAGUGAUCCAGGACCCUCUGCUAGUUGGGUCAUUAAUCAAGAUGGAAUUUAUUAUUACAUGAAUAAGACCAAUGGAAUUGAAAGAAUAACCUUGAAUGGUUCUGAAAUACAGCGCUUUACAUGGGCUGAAGGAGACCAACAAUGGAAGGAUAGCUAUGCUGCACCGGCAUUACGGUGUGACUAUUAUGGACAUUGUGGCGCCAACAGCAAAUGUAGCCCUGACAAUAUUAGUUUGUUUGAGUGUGAUUGUCUACCUGGUUUUGAACCAAAAUAUAUUAAUGAGUGGAAUAAGAAUGAUGGGUCUGAUGGAUGUGUGAGUAAGCGGAAGGAAGUUUCUAAGUGUGAGAAUGGGGAAGGGUUUGUGAAGGUGACAAGAGUUAAAUUUCCAGAUACAUCCAUAGCAGCUCGAUCGGAAGCAAACACUAGUAACAAAGUGUGUGGGCAAGGGUGCUUGGCAAAUUGUUCUUGCAAAGCAUAUCUGAGCCUUCUAAAUGAAGAAGGCUCUUUUGAUUGUUUGACAUGGUACGAUGAAUUGAUGGAUAUUUUAGUGUACACAGAGGUUGGACGAGAUCUAUAUGUUCGUGUUGAUUGGAUUGACUUAGCUGAGUAUGCUGGAAAAUCAAAUGGUUUCUUGAAAAGAAGGGGUAUGCUGGCUAUUCCAAUACUCUGUGCUUUGCUAGCAUUAGUACUGAUCAUUCUGAGCGGCUGUUGGUGGCGUAAGAAAAAAAGGAAUACAACAGAUAUUACAGAGGCAGAUGAACUUGAGGAAACUAAGAGACACCCCGAAUUGCAAUUUUUCGAUUUGAACACAUUAAUGGCAGCCACAAAUAACUUCUCUCGUGUCAAUGAACUUGGCCAAGGUGGUUUUGGUUCUGUUUAUAAGGGUCAAUUACCAAAUGAGCAGAAGAUUGCUGUGAAAAGGUUGUCUAAAACAUCAGGACAAGGAACUGAAGAAUUCAAAAAUGAAGUAGCACUCAUAGCAAGACUUCAACACCGGAAUCUUGUAAAGCUCUUAGGCUGUUGUAUGAAGGGGGAAGAACGGAUGUUAGUCCUGGAAUACAUGCCGAACAAAAGCCUGGAUUCAUUUCUCUUUGAUCGCUCAAGACGAUCCUUCUUGGAUUGGGAAAAGCGCUUUGACAUCAUUAAUGGAAUUGCUCGUGGGGUUCUGUAUCUUCACCAAGACUCAAGACUGAGGAUUAUACAUAGAGAUCUAAAAACCAGCAAUGUUCUUUUAGAUGCUGAAAUGAACCCAAAAAUUUCUGAUUUUGGCACGGCUAGAAUAUUUGAUGGAGAUCAGGUUCAGGAUAAAACGAAUAGAGUUGUUGGAACAUAUGCCUACAUGUCACCAGAGUAUGCAGUGUUUGGCAGAUUUUCAAUUAAAUCAGAUGUCUUUAGUUUUGGGAUCAUAUUGUUAGAGGUUGUGAGUGGCAAAAGAAACAAUAGCUUUUCUCAAGAGGAUCCUUCCAUGAACUUGAUAAGACAUGUUUGGGACCUCUGGAAAGAAGACAGAGCCAUGGAGAUUGUGGAUCCGACUCUGGAGUCAUAUAACUCUGAUGAGGUCAUGAGAUGCAUACAAGUUGCACUCUUGUGCUUGCAAGAAGAGUCAGAUGACCGGCCGGCCAUGUCUGCCAUCGUUUUUAUGUUGAGUGGUGAAACAUCUCCUCCUUAUCCUAACCAACCUGCAUAUGUAUUCAGAAGAAACUCCGGCACCACCGAUGCCGAUUUAUCAGUACCAAAAGAAUCAAAUUCUAUAAGCAACUUGACAGUAACUACAGUGGAAGCACGGUACUUAAUCACCAACUACUUGGACUUUUCGAACACUUUGGUCAUCAUCAAUGUGGGCUGGAAGGAAGAGAUACUUCGCCUGUGUUCCUUGUCUUCCCAUGGGAGUUUUGCUUAUAUUCUAGGUGACUGCAUGACUGCAUCCUCGUUUGAUAUAGCGAAGAAGCCCAUUUGCUUAUAUUCUAUAUCAUUUUCUCUUCAUUCCCUCCCAACUUUAUGUCAAAAAAUACAACUACUGCUGUUUCAUAGCUACAACUACAAGCUGUUAAGGCCCCAGAAAAUGUUGCUCAAAGCUCUGCUUUUCUUCCUCAUCUUCCACAUUUCCGAGUCCAGUGACACCAUAAGAGGGAAUGAAGAGAAACUGAAGGAUGUUAAUGGAGAAUACUUAGUGUCCAAAGAAAGCAACUUCUCAUUGGGUUUCUUCAGCCCCGGAAAUUCUAGCUAUAGGUAUGUUGGAAUUUGGUAUUCUCAGAUUAGAGUACCUGAACAAACAGUGGUGUGGGUUGCAAACAGGAAUAGUCCCAUCAAUGAUACCUCUGGUGUGCUCAAAAUAAACAGGUACGGAGAACUGGCCCUCUAUGCAUAUAAUUUGGAGCAUGAUCCUAUAUGGUUCACAAAUAUUUCGCAGUCGGUCCAAAAUGUGAACACAAGCACUUUAUCUGCACAGCUUUUAGAUACAGGAAAUUUAGUUAUGUUCCAGGAUGAUGAAAAUGAAGUCUAUGCAUGGCAAAGUUUUGAUCAUCCAACAGAUACUCUAAUUCCAGGUAUGAAAGUUGGAAUGAACUGGAAAACUGGACUAGAAUGGGUUUUUACAUCUUGGAAGUCAAAAGAUGACCCUGGAACUGGGGACUAUAGCUUAAGGAUCUAUCCGGAUCAGAUUGCAAUCCCCCAAUUAUUUAUGUACAAGGGUCUGAAUAAGUAUUGGCGAACUGAUGUAGGGCCUACUGUUUUCGUCGAUAAUCAAGAGGAAACUUAUUAUUCCAUGAACGACACCAAUGCAAUUACAAAAGUAACAGUGACUAAUUCUGUGUUACAGCACCUUACAUGGGAUGAUGGUGUCCUUCAGUGGAAGGUAGAGUUCUCUGCACCAAAGUCCCAGUGUGACGUUUAUGGAAAGUGUGGAGCCAACAGCAAAUGUAACCCUGAUACUCUUAAUCAAUUUGAGUGUGAAUGUUUACCAGGUUAUGUGCCUAAGUCUUUAAGUGAUUGGAAUAAGAGAAAUGGGUCAGGUGGAUGUGUGAGUAAUCGGCUUGGUUUAUUAAAGUGUGGAGAUGGAGAUGGGUUUGCGAAGCUGGAAAGAGUUAAAUAUCCAGACACAUCGAUAGCAGCAUUGUUACAUUCAGGUAUUAGUGCCAAAAAGUGUGAGCAGCUGUGCCUAAGUAAUUGUUCUUGCACUGCUUAUUUUAGCACUGGAGAUGAAGAAGACUGCUUCACAUGGUAUUAUGACUUGAUGGACAUUUUAGUGUACUCAGAGUUGGAGUUUGAUCUGCACGUUCGUGUAAAUGCAACCGUUUUAGCUGCUUAUGCAGGAAGAUCGCAAGGUUUCUUGGAAAGGAGGGGUAUGUUGGCUAUUCCAAUACUGUCUUCUGUGCUUGCAUUGGUACUAAUCAUUAUGCUUGGCUGUUGGUGGCGUAAGAAGAACAGAAACACAAAAGAUUUUGUGGACGCCGAAGAGCUUCAGCAUAGAUUUUUUCUGCCAAAACCUAACAUAGAAGAAACAUUGCACUUUUUCGAUCUUGACACUAUAAUCGCAGCCACGGACCACUUCUCUCGAGUCAAUGAACUUGGCCAUGGUGGCUUUGGCUCUGUUUAUAAGGGCAAGCUACCGAAUGAACAGAAUGUUGCUGUGAAAAGAUUGUCAAAAACUUCAGGACAAGGGAUAGAAGAAUUUAAAAAUGAAGUUGCCCUCAUAGCAAGACUUCAGCACAGAAACCUUGUGAAACUUUUAGGCUGUUGUAUAAAGGGAGAAGAAAGGAUUUUAGUCCUAGAAUACAUGCCUAACAAAAGCUUGGACUUCUUUCUUUUCGAUCAUAGAAGACGGUCCUUCUUGGAUUGGCAAAGGCGCUUUGAAAUCAUCAACGGGAUUGCUCGUGGAAUUCUGUAUCUUCACCAAGAUUCAAGAUUAAGGAUUAUACACAGAGAUUUAAAAACCAGCAAUGUUCUACUUGAUGAUGAGAUGAACCCAAAAAUUUCUGAUUUUGGCAUGGCUAGAAUAGUCCACGGGAAUCAACACCAAGAUAAGACGAGCAGGAUUGUUGGAACAUAUGGCUACAUGUCGCCUGAGUACGCUGUAUUUGGGAAAUUUUCCACAAAGUCUGACAUCUUCAGCUUUGGGAUCAUAAUGUUGGAGAUUGUAACUGGCCAGAAAAAUAAUGGUUCUAAUCUAGACGAUCCCUCCAUGAAUUUGAUAGGACAUGUCUGGAAGUUCUGGAGAGAAGGUAGAGCCUUAGAUAUUGUGGAUUCGACACUGAAGUCAUAUCAGUCUAAUGAAGUCAUUAGGUGCAUACAAGUUGCCCUCUUGUGCGUACAAGAAGAUUCAAAGGACCGACCUUCCAUGUCAGCCGUUGUUUUCAUGUUGAGUGGUGAAGCAUCUCCUCCAUUGCCUAAUCAGCCGGCAUUUGUUUAUAGACAAAAUUCCGGCGAUGAUGCUGAUCCAUUACUUUUAUAUGGACCUUACUCUGCAAACGACUUGACAGUAACAGUAAUGGAUGCUCGAUAAUUAUGGAAACUGUUGUCUUGGUUAUACUUGGAGACCGGAGAGACGAGUUUAGGCCCAAAAUACAACCCACAACUAAGGCCCGACUAUGCUGACAAAGACCACCUAUAACACAAGUCUUCGUGGCCCCUGCACCGUCGGAGAGCAACCACAGUCGACCACCCACCACCUUCCCUUUAACGUUUCACAACCAAACUAGGCUUUCCAUCCAAGUGUCCAACAACUCAUCCCGAAUCCUUAGCCAAUGCAGAACCCAAUGCACUGCAGUUCAUGCAUGUAGCCUUUGAUGAAAAGCCAGCAUUGUCAGGAGCUUUAUUAUGAGAUGA